AUGCCGGCGACGACAUCGACCAGUUCUAAAAAAUCCCCCACGCUAAAGACGCUUCAAACUAAAUUGAAGUCGUUUCUAACCAUGUUUAAGGAUAUCGGUGAGUCUGCACAAGCGUUCAGUGUUGAUACUACUGCUAGCCAGGUGACGGUGCGACUUGAGAAGCUAGAAGAGUUGUGGGAGAAGGUGAAUGACGUCAUCUUGGAAAUCGAAAUUCAGGAAGACUAUACGGCAGAAGAUGAAGCUUACAUACAGCAGCGGUCGGAGUUUGGCAACAAGUACUAUGCGGUAAAAUCGGUACUUUUGGACAAGGUUAAGGAAUUGGAGGAACAUCCGGCCAUGAAUGCUUCUCUUCGCGCGAAUGAUACGACGCAGCAACCUACCGUUGAGCACGUUCGUCUCCCACAAAUCAAACAUCAAACGUUUGAUGGAAAUAUUGAUGAGUGGUUGAGUUUUCGAGAUCUUUACACUUCGUUGAUUCACUGGAAGGCCGAUCUACCCGAUGUUGAGAAGUUCCACUACCUAAAGGGAUGUUUGGCUGGUGGGGCAAAAGCGUUGAUAGACCCAAUAUCUAUCACAAGGGCAAAAUACCAAAUUGCCUGGGAUACGCUUACCAAACGAUAUAAUGAUAGCAAGUUUCUGAAACGAAGGCAGGUGCAAGCACUUUUCAAGCUACCUUCGUUAACGAGAGAAUCUUCCGCUGAGUUGCAGGCCUUGUUGGAAGGCUUUGAACGGGUUGUUCAGACACUGGAUCAGCUUAUACAACCAGUAGAUUACAAGGAUCUGCUAUUGUUGGACAUUUUAUCCACACGAUUAGAUAACGCAACAAGACGUGCCUGGGAAGAAUAUUCUUCGACGAAGGAAAAUGACACAGUGAAAGAUUUAACUGAGUUUCUACAAAGGAGGGUACGAGUUUUUGGAUCAUUACACACGAAGCCUACGGAAGCCAAGCCAGAGUUUUCAUGA